AUGGCUUUCAAGCGAAAACCGUCAUCGUCAUUUGGACUGGAGAGAAGAGUGCGACCGAGGAGAGAGGAUGAGUGGAUAGAAGAGCCAGAGAGUCAAGGUUCCUCAAGUGAGGACGAUGAUGAUGAGGUGGAGGAGGAGGGUAUUCGGGGCGCAUCUGAUGACGAUGACGAUGACGAUGACGAUGACGACGAGGUAGAGGAAGAUCAAGAAUCUGAAGAAGGUUCCGAAGAUGAAUCAGAGCCCGAGCAGGACACGCCAAAGAUAGACCUCUCAUCGGUCUCAUUCGGAGCUCUCGCAAAAGCUCAAGCAUCAUUGCUAUCUGCUGGUCGCAAAUCAAAAUCGAAGAAAUCUAGUGAUGAAGACACUUCAAAAACAGAAACACCAGCGCCUAGAAAAUCCACCAAAUCAAAGGACGACCCCAAGCCCAAACGAUCUUCCAAACACGCUCCGCAAGAACAAACCUCCAAGAAACCCGUAUCUCGCCGCCGCGAAAUCCUCCCAGAUAACCGGCGCCAAUAUCGCGACCCUCGCUUCGACCCUCUAGUAGGCCGCGUCGACGAAGAAAAAGCCAGCAAAGCCUACGCCUUCCUAGACGAAUACCGCGACAAGGAGAUGGCCGAUCUCCGCGCACAGAUCAAGAAGACCAAAGACUCCUACGAGAAGGACAACCUGAAGCGCCAACUCCAAUCCAUGGAAUCUCGCAAGAAGGCCAACAUGCGAAGACAGGAAGAGGAGAGGCUGCUAAAGGAGCAUCGCCAGAAGGAGAAGGAGCUUGUGGCGCAGGGCAAGACGCCGUUCUACCUGAAGAAGAGCGAACAGAAGAAGCAGUUGCUUGUUAACAGAUAUGAGGGUAUGAGUAAGGGACAGGUUGAUAGAGCGAUUGAGAGGAAGAGGAAGAAGGUUGCUGGUAAGGAGAAGAAGGAGUUGGACUUUUUGCAACGGGGAUCUCGACCACGAGGAUAG